UAAACAUUCGUCGGUCGUUGUCAAAAGUGCCAAAACUUGCACACAGACAGCAUCGCGCACCGAAACAACAUAGCAAAACAUACCUACGUGGAUGAUAUUUCAGCCGAGAGCCAGACGAAGAAGUACACGUUCCAGACAAAUCCUGGAAUUGACGACGCCGUCGGAAGGAUUCGAAUUACGCCGCCCGAAGUGUACAGUGCGGAGAAAGUGAAAGUUAGCCGAAAGAAACCGACGAAAUUAUGAAACAGCUUGCGUUGUUAACCUUGACGCUGCUCUGCUUUGCGGCAGUGGCCCUCGGGCAACGUGUGGCCCCCGGAGUGAAUCCCGGCCAUUAUCAGCAGCAACCACCCCAGCAACAGUAUCAGCCACCCCCGCCGCAGUACAAUCAGCAUCCUCCCCAACAGCCGCAGCAGCACUAUCAGCAGCAACAGCAACAACAGCCUCAGUAUCAGCAGCCACAGGUUCCGGUUCAGCCGCAGUACCAACAGGCACCGGUUCCACAGCAACAGCAGCAACACCAGCAGCCUCCACAGGGCCAUGCCCCUCACCAUGGACAGCCGCAACAGGUGCUGAAUGCCAACAAUAUCCAACAGGAAAAAGCGCACAUUGCCGAGCACAUGGACGUGCCGAUCGACACGAGCAAAAUGAGCGAACAGGAGCUGCAGUUCCACUACUUCAAGAUGCACGACUCGGACAACAACAACAAGCUGGACGGAUGCGAGCUGAUCAAGUCGCUGAUCCAUUGGCACGAGGAAAGCAAAAACCAGGAACAGACCGGCCAGCCCGGCCACCAGGACAAAAUCUUCUCCAACGAUGAACUGUCGGCGCUGAUCGAUCCCAUUCUCAGCUCGGACGAUCACAACCGGGACGGGUUCAUCGACUAUCCGGAGUUUGUGCGGGCACAGCACAAGGCGGCCACUCAGGGAGCGCAGGGUGCACCCCAGCAGUAGUGAACUAGCGGCCGGUUGGCGUCACCCAGCCCCACCGCUCCCCCACUUCCCACCCCCGUCUCAAACUGCGAAUCGGGGGUCUGAAUCUCCGACCUUAACUGAUACUAUCGAGACCGAGCCAUAUGAGAUUUGUUACAAUUUGUGCUCUAUUUCUAUAUAAGUUGUUGGUAUUUUCUUGUGUUUUCGUACUCAGCUCUUACUACUUACGUCCAGUAUUUCGGAAAUGUUGAACAUUCCUGUGCUUUUGCAAUCGCACAAAAGUCUUUCUUUUCCUUUUUGGCGAAAUCUGACGCAAGAUGGUACUUUUCUAUUUUCCAAGUAGUUGUAGCUAUCUUUUCCCUUUGUUUCUCUUUUUCGCGAGAAUUCGCCGACAAAACGAGUUACAAUGAGAGCGUACCGUAGGCAUGUUAGUAGGAAUUAUAUUAAGAAUUACGAAAAAAACUGUAGUACUGUGAGGCAGGAGUAAGCAAAUCUACUUAACAAAUCAUUCGUAUGAGAGCAUUUGACUUUUGUGAGGACUGUAUUUUUGUAACAAAAUAAAACAAAAAAGGUGAGAACAUAUAUGAAUGCAAUUGUGUGCGAAUAUGAA